CCCUCGGGCAUAUUAAAUGGGGAAACAAGUUGCGGGAAGCGCCAACUCCACCACCACGACGCCAAGGGCCCCCAAUCUGCGGCAACCCAUGAAAGAUGGAGCUCAAAAAGAAAACAGGAAGGUGAGGAAGAAGGAGGAGGAGGAGGAGGAGAAAGAAGGAGAGACAGAAAUGGCGAGAGAGAAGAUUCAGAUCAAGAAGAUCACCAAUGCGACGGCGAGGCAAGUCACUUUCUCGAAGCGACGAAGAGGGCUCUUCAAGAAGGCCGAGGAGCUGUCCGUGCUUUGCGAUGCCGAUGUCGCUCUCAUCAUCUUCUCGUCUUCUGGAAAACUCUUCGAAUACUGCAGUUCGAGCAUGAAGGAAAUUCUCGAACGACAUCAUUUGCACUCCAAGAAUCUUGAGAAAUUGGAUCAACCAUCACUUGAGUUGCAGUUAGUAGAAAACAGCAACUACUCUGGGUUAAGCAAGGAAGUUGCAGAGAAAAGCCACCAAUUAAGGCAGAUGAGAGGGGAAGAGCUCCAAGGACUAAGUAUCGAUGAACUGCAGCACCUAGAGAAAUCGCUCGAAGCUGGGUUGAAUCGUGUAAUAGAAAAGAAGGGCGAAAAGAUCAUGAAAGAGAUCACUGACCUUCAACAAAAGGGAACCAAACUAAUGGAAGAAAACAAGAGACUAAAGCAACAGGUUACCGAAAUUUCGGGCCGGAAAAAUGCUGCCACUGAUUCAGAGAUCAUUAACGAAGAAGGCCUUUCGUCAGAGUCCGGCACGAAUGUCUGCAACUCCAGCAGUGGUCCUCAGGAGGACGAUUGCUCUGACAUUUCCCUUAAGUUAGGGUUAACCUACAAUGGCUGAUCUGCUGUCUAAAUCUAUAACAAUGAUGGGAUGCAUGAUCUGAUCUGUUGCCAAGAAAAGCUGGAGAAACAACACGGUCCCUUGUCCACGGUAACAUAUACUGGGAAUGACAAUGAUUUUUGUUUUUUUUUUUUAAUGGAAAAUGCCGAGUCCAUUACCGCUUUUUGGGAUUGUUUAUUCAGUAUUCUUCCAGUAAACUGUUCGGUCACUCUUCAACCGAGGAUACCAUUCGACUUAAUCAGGAAGAGCCUUCAGAUUUAACCAUCUUGUCAAAUUUCAGGCUCUUUACGAUAGGAUGAAGGGAUAAACAGGUUGCUGUAAUGGGAAUUGUCAAGAUUAACAUGAACAAGUACGAGAAAUGCCAA